AUGUUUCCUGAAAACUUACCAUCUUUAUUUGGCCACUUUAGCCAUGAAUCACAUACAGUUAAGGUCAUUAUUUCAUCACAUGACAAAAGUUCAAACGACACAACUUUAUGGUGUAAUGUGCAAUUGACAAAAGAUGGCAUUGGGGUUUGUCUUCCCAACAUCAAUUUAGACAAUUGCACUGAUAUUGUAUCCACUUAUCCCAGAGAUGACAUAUUCAUUGAUCCUCUUCAAAAUUUGAGUAAGACAAAAGCCGACGAAGAUAAUAUUGGUGUUGACGGAGAGGCGACUUUGACGCACCCUGUCUAUGAUCCGGUAGCAGGGUAUCUCAUGUUCAUUAACAAUGGAGUUUUCUCAGUUGAUGGGCUACUGACAGACUUCCCUAUAACUCCAUCAGAAGCAAUAGCUAUUGAUGACAACGAGAUACAAGUCGAAAUAACUUGGAUUGAUGGUUCUGAGACCACAGAAAUUACUAGUGAUGUUACCGUAGUGGACAGAAGAUUCAAGCACGGUAAGGUUGUUGCUUCUGCUGUAUCAACACAACAAUUAGGCCUUGUUAUGAAUGCCAAUAUUUCGGUUGAUUUACUUUCUAUGGAUGGGAAAGUGAUAAGAAAUGUCUGUUCUAAAGAUCUCAAACCCAUAAAAGAAGUCAAUGUCCAUGAUUUUGUACUUCUGGGUUCUGCAUUUGGCAAGGUAAAGAAAACCGUAGAUAUUGUUACCAUUCUAUCUGACGAUGGAUCCAUAUGUGAAGCAAUUGACGUUAAUCCUUUGGAACUGAGACCUCUUUUGAAGUACACUAGAAAUUGCCCGUACUAUCCGGGUCAAAGGGUAAGAUCUGUUUUAAACACUGUUUUCAAAAGUACUAGAUGGAUUUCUGGCUCGCGCAAAGCUAAUCGUCUUGAAGGCACUAUCAUCAAAGUUCACCCAGCUUCUGUGAAUAUCGAUUGGAUAUAUCCUUUGGAUCUGAAUGAUACUGAGCUGCCACCUGUUGCUUGGCACAAUCCGAAGGACUUAACUAUGUUGUCUUUCUUUACCUACACACAAUGGAAAUUAAUUGCUUUUUGUCAACUUCCAUCUUGUCAGCAGCCACCAUCUGUUGUUUCUAAAGGUACUUCAACUUCCAAAGAGACAAAUGACACCAAGUCAACUGAGGGUUCUCAGGAAAGCUGGCCUGACUACGAUAAAAUGCUACAGAACAUCUUAUCUAAGAGAGAGAUGAAAGCUUUGAAGAAAUCUUUGGAAAAAGAAGAAAGUUUUGAAAAGUGUUUUUUCAUAUUAAACACAUACACAACGGUUGAUGUGAUAUGGCAGAAUGGGACGAAAGAAUAUGAGGUGCAAUCGACAUCAUUAAUUCUGAGUUCUCAAAAUGACGAUCAAUUCUUCCUUGGAAAUUUUGUGACAAAAAAGACAUUAAGCGAAGAAGGUGAUUCUAUUGAAUGCAACCGUGUUGGUGUAGUUGUAAGUGUGAAUUUUGAGGAUAGAAUUGUAUGUGUAAGAUGGAGUGACAAAUUAAAACAAUUGGAUCGUGAGGAACUUGUUAGUGCAUAUGAUCUUGAUAUAGAAUAUAAGUACUGCUAUGGCGAUUUUGCUGUGCGCGUCUCUAGUACUCCAAUAGAUGAUGUAACAAUUUUAUCUAACUUUGGUAACAUAGUUGAUUUUCGAGAUGGUGAUGUUGUAGUUGCAUGGGCAAAUGGGGUGAUAUCAAAGGUUGAACCUCAAGAAAUUGUAGUCAUUAUUUUAAAUGAUGAUGAAACUGGGGCGGAUACAUCUGACAGUAAUGGACAGGAAACUAAUUCAGUGAACAAUGGCGAGGACACUACAACAUCACCAGAAGUUAGUGCUGGUGAAUCACAAGAAGACAACAUUAGUGAAUAUAAAUUCGAACAUUAUGAUAUUACUGAAAAUGCAACAUCACGAGAAGUUACUGGUGAUACACAAGAAGACAACAUUAGAGAAUAUGAAUUCAAACACUUUGAUAUUAUUGAAAAUGCAACGGGUCAUCAUUAUUAUGGCGGCGAUAAGACGGAUAAUAGUGGAAGGGAAUGGGCUAGUAGAGUUCAACGAGAAUGGAAGAUUCUUCAGAAAAAUCUAUCUGAUGAUAUUUACGUUCGAGCAUUUGAGGAACGAAUGGAUUUAAUAAGGGCUGCAAUAAUAGGAGCAGAUGGGAUGCCAUAUCAAAAUGGCAUAUUUUUCUUUGACUUAUAUCUUCCUCCAGACUACCCUAAAGUCCCACCGGUAAUUGAAUAA